CCUCCCGGAAGUGUUGGGGGCGGGGCCAAAUGCAGGAGGCGGCGGCGCGGAGCCUGCGGCGGGGCUUGGAGAGGCUGCGGCCGCUCGUGAAGAAUAAGACGCUGCGAUACGGGGUCCCCAUGAUGCUCCUGAUUAUUGGUGGGUCCUUUGGUCUCCGUGAGUUCACUCAAAUCCGUUAUGAUGCUCAAAAACUCCACAGCAAGAUGGAUCCAGCUUUGGAAGAAAGAAUCAGAAAGAAUAAGAUAACAUUGGAAUCUGAAUAUGAGAAACUGAAAAGCUCUGACUUUGAUGACUGGAAGAACGUCAGAGGGCCCCGUCCAUGGGAGGAUUCCAAGUCUCUUCAAGAGCAGCAGCAGCAAGUUCUUCAUGCCAAGCCAUCUUGACUUGUGCUCUCACUCCGGUAUCUUUAUAGAAUCACUGCUAUGCCAGUGACUGGGCUUUCUUGCUUUCUAAUCCUGUGUCCAGGGAGAGACAUGGGUGGGGAAAAAACAAGUUGACAGGUGGUUUACUUGAGAUCAAUCCGAGAUGAAAUGUUAAAUAAAGAUCUUUGUUCAAUUGCAUCCAUUUGCAUGGAAGCCCACAGACUGUGUAUAUUAAUUCUUAAUAAAGAUCAGCCUAUUCUUUCA